AGCCCCCCCGGCGAACGCGGCGAGCUGUCGCGGUGAGCGCCAUGGCACCGAAAGCGCGGAAGGUCCGCGCGAGGCAGCGGACUGAGUUGAAAGACGAGCAAAAGGCGGAGAUCAAGGAGGCUUUCGACCUCUUCGACACAGACGGCACGGGCACCAUUGAGGCCAAGGAGCUCAAGGUGGCGUUGAGGGCCUUAGGCUUUGAGCCGAAGAAGGAGGAACUCAAGAAGCUGGUGUCUGACUUGGACAAGAGCGGCAGUUCGCAUGGCCAGGGCAUGUUAGACUUCAACGAGUUCUUGGAGAUCAUGACGGCGAAGAUGAGCGAAAAGGACUCGAAGGAGCAGAUCGUCAAGGCCUUCCAGCUCUUCAAGGGGCCGACCGGAAAGAUCUCCUUCGAGGACUUGAAGGCGGUGGCGCGGGAGCUCGGGGAGAACAUGUCGGAUGAAGAGCUCCAGGAAAUGAUCCGUGAGGCAGACAAGGAUGAUGAUGGGGAGGUGAGCGAGGAAGAGUUCAUGCGGAUUAUUCGCCGUUCCACGCUCUGAGCGCCGGGUCUCAGGAACCCCGACCGAACGGACCGCACUGCCCGGGCGGACUCAGCAGUGGGUGGUAUAGCGGCUUGGGUCCGAGUUCGGGACGCAGUUCGGUGGAUUUGUCAGAGUGAAAGGCACUCGGUGGGCGAAACGACCCAGAGAAUUUGACCUUUGCAUGGCACAUGGGCCAGGAAAGGGUUCGUGUGAUGCGUUUCACCCAUGCUGAUGCAGAAACAGCGGCGGCGUGUUGUGAAAA